AUGCCUACAGCAAAACAGAGCAUAGAGGAGCGAAGACGAGGAGAAGUAGCGCUCAGCGAGUUCGCGGAGUAUGCGGAGAAACAGCAGGCCCACCGCUCCGGCCAAGUGGCACCCAGCGACAGCGGUUAUUCCACCGCCAGUGUCUCGCGCGACUUGGAAGACCAUGCUGAGCUGGACAUUCUCGACCAGCUCGGACUGUCCGACAACCCCCGUACAGCCAAGCUGAAGGAACUGCUGCUUGGCACCGGUGAAGCCAUCGAGGACAGCCUUCAGAUGCUCGCUGGCACCUUGCAGACAAGGAUAGACGAAGGGCAUGGAGAAACCAUCUUUGAUCUUGGAUUGGAGGACGGUGGUGAGUCCAUGGGCUUCGACCUUGCUCAAUGGAACACCGCGCUCCAGCGCCUGCGUGAGGCAGCUGAGACAAUCCCCGCCCAUUGUCGAGUAUUAUUAACAUACAACGUCGGCGGCCCGGAAGAGUCCUCUGUCAAUACUGACCGCGUCUCGGGUGCUUGGGGUAAAGUCCUUGUGCGCCACCACGCUGACAAUAUCGAGGAAAUGGCGGAGCUUCGGAUUGCAGUGGUGGGUAACGUGGAUGCUGGAAAAAGUACUAUGCUGGGAGUUCUGGUCAAAGGGGGUCUCGAUGAUGGCCGUGGUCGGGCACGAGUCAAUCUGUUUCGUCAUAAGCAUGAGAUUGAGAGCGGACGGACUAGCUCUGUCGGCUUGGAAAUCAUGGGCUUCGACAGCCGUGGCGAGAUUGUUGGCAGCACGACGGGCCGCAAAUUAUCGUGGGAGGACAUUGGCAAGCGAUCUGCUAAAGUCAUCUCGUUCUCUGACCUGGCGGGCCACGAGCGGUAUCUUCGCACCACUGUUUUCGGUAUGCUGAGCAGCAGCCCCAACUACUGUCUGCUGAUGGUCGCCGCGAAUAACGGGUUGAUCGGAAUGAGCAAAGAACACCUUGGCAUUGCUUUGGCGCUCAACGUGCCUGUCAUGGUCAUCGUCACGAAAAUUGACAUCUGCCCGCCUCAUAUCCUGCAGGAGACCUUGUCUCAGCUGGCCAAAAUUCUCAAGUCGCCUGGUGCGCACAAAAUACCUAUCUUUGUUAAGGAUAUGGAAGAGACCAUCAACACAGCAACGCAGUUUGUGAGCCAGCGGAUAUGUCCCAUUUUCCAGGUUUCCAACGUCACAGGACAGAAUCUCGACCUGGUCCGAACUUUCCUGAACAUCUUGCCCCAUCGCGGUCAUUACGAUGCCGAGGGGGCCUUCGAAUUCCUCAUCAACGACACAUUCUCUGUUCCUCAUGUGGGAACUGUUGUCUCGGGUGUCGUAAAAUCCGGUGUCAUUCAUGCCGGUGACUCUGUGGUAGUGGGGCCAGACUCUCUCGGUCAGUUCACCACCACUGUUAUCAAGUCCAUUGAGCGCAAGCGUAUCCAGGUGAAUGCUUGCUUCGCUGGCCAGUCCGGAUCAUUCGCACUGAAGCGAGUCCGUCGCAAGGAAGUGCGCAAGGGGAUGGUUGUCCUCAAGAAGUUGGAGGAGCCUCCCAAGGUCUAUCGCGAGUUCGUCGCUGAGGUUCUCAUCCUUUCCCACGCAACCACCAUCAAGCCCAAAUACCAGGCCAUGCUCCACGUCGGGGCUGUCAGUCAAACGUGCUCAGUGAUUGACAUUGACCGACCUUUCAUCCGUACAGGAGACCGAGCGCUCGUUGCGUUCAGGUUCAUACAACGUCCUGAGUUCUUGGCCCCUGGUGACCGUGUGCUAUUCCGGGAAGGCAAGACUAAAGGACUCGGAAUCGUCAAAAGCAUUGGUUAUGACCCGUCCAAACCUUUGAACCCUAAUUCUCAAGAAGGAGCCACUACUCCCAAAUCUACGAAACGUCAUGAUUAA